GCUCUCGUGGCGUGUGUGUUAUUAAUAGUGUAAAUGUAUCAUUGCAACGUUUAUUCGAUUGUUUUAUUAUUCUUUUUCUUAUUCCCUACAGCAUAACAAGGACAUACAGGUUUAUUCUUCAACGAUUUUCAAAACAAUCUAUUUAAAUUUUCGGAGUUCCCAUUUGUUUUAUUUAUCGAAGAUAGAUUGUUGUUCUGUUUAUCAAAAGUAAGAAUCGAGAUGCGUGGAAGCGUCGCGUUUGACGAAUUUCGGCCACGACGUUGGCCCUGAGAGAAAGCAAAGCAAAGUAAAGUAAAGUGGUAAGAGGAAGGGAAGAGAAGUGAAAAGGAGAAGGGGAAGAAGUGGAAGAAGAAAAAGAGGAAGAAGGGUAGGAAGGUGAAGGGAGAGUAGUAGUAGUAGCGUUCCGGAGAAGAAAGGACGACGAUAGUGACAAAGCAAGAAAGAAGAAGAUAGAAAGAGAGAGAAAAGAAAGUUGCGUUCCUCUGUGUGUUGUGUGCGCACGUGUGCGGUGUGUCGCGCGUGUAUGGUGCACGCGUGCGCAAGUUCUGUGAAAUACAAGAGUACGGAUCGGAUGCAGUGGUACCGCACGCGUAUAAUACGUAGACGGACGUGUGCAUCGUCGACCGUGUCCCCGCGUGUACUUGACAGUGCGGAAUCAACAAGUGUCGCCGUUUAAAUAUCAAAUCCCCCGCCAACUUCUAUCUUUCAAUUUCUUUUCGUUUUUAAGGAUAAGACGAUUUACGGAAAACCACCAACUGUUUCUUCUUCUUCUUCUUCUUUUUAGAAUUGCUUUAUUUACUAUUUAACUAACACGGGGAAAUAGAAAAAGUAGUUGAUUUUCAUCACGGAAACGUUGUGAUCGACGCUGACACCGGAUAGGUCCGUUACACGUCGUCGAUCCUACCAAGUGGCCGUGGAUGGCCACUUUCGUCGGCAUCUCAAGAUGGAAGUCGUCUAUAUAGAUGAACGAGAAGACGUGCAGAAGAAAACUUUUACGAAAUGGAUCAACUCGCAGCUGCUGAAGAAUCAGCACGAACCGAUAUCCGACCUGUUCGUCGAUUUAAGAGACGGAAACCGGCUUCUGUCCCUCCUGGAGGUACUCACGUCGAAAGUUUACAAAAGAGAACGCGGUCGUAUGCGAGUUCAUCAUCUCAAUAAUGUUAAUAAAGCAUUGCAAAUCCUCGAACAGAACAAUGUGAAGCUUGUAAAUAUUAGUAGCAAUGAUAUCGUAGACGGUAACCCAAAAUUAUCACUUGGUUUAGUAUGGAGUAUUAUUUUACACUGGCAGGUACAUUAUCAUCUAAAAGAUUUGAUGACGGAAUUACAACAAACGAAUUUAGAAAAGACUCUCUUAGCAUGGUGCAGACAAAACUCUCAGAGUUACCCUGGUGUCGACAUUAAAAAUUUUACAACUUCUUGGUCAGAUGGAUUAGCGUUCAAUGCACUUUUACAUCGUUGCAAACCACAAUUGUUUGAUUUUAAUGCUAUUUCCCGAAAACAUCCUAAUGCCAGAUUAGAUCAUGCUUUUCGUUUUGCUGAAGAACAUCUUAGAAUAGAACGACUCUUAGAUCCGGAAGAUGUGAAUACGUCGGUACCGGAUAAGAAAUCAAUAAUGAUGUACGUAAUGUGCUUGUUUCAAUGUUUAACUCAAUCCGGAGACGAUACCGGUGAUUUGGAUUUAUCGAUUACGAGUGAUAGUAGUCCUGUUACAACACCAGGCACUGAGAACACUUUAACUUUGUCAACAUUUGGAGCGCCAACAUUUGGAAUGCCAACAUCACGUCCGAUGAGUCUUGCGACGAACGUUUCCGUUGAACUCGGUGGUUAUCAGGUCGCACUCGAGGAAGUUUUAACGUGGUUGUUAGAGGCCGAGGAUAAGUUGAAUCAUGCGCCGGAACUCGGUACGAAUUUGGAAACGUUGAAGCAACAGUUUCACGAUCACGAAGCAUUCUUGAUUGAAUUGACGGGACAUCAGGAUGGGGUAGGUGCUGUUUUGGAAGAAGGUGCGAGAUUGUUAGCCGAGGGUGGUUUGCACAAGGACGAGGAACAUGAAGUACGCGUUCAAAUGUCCCUCCUUAAUUCCAGAUGGGAGGGACUUAGAAUGAGGGCGAUGGAUACUCAAACUAGAAUUCACGAGGUAUUGAUGCAAAUGCAGCAAGCACAAAUAGAUGCGCUUAGACAAUGGUUGACGAAAACCGAGGAUAGAAUUUCUUUAAUGGUUGGGAUAGAAUUGAAUCAAUCUAGUUUUGAUGAACAAAUGAAACGAUUAAAUGAAUUAGAACAGGAUAUUAAGGCGCAACAGGAUGUGGUCGAUAGUAUGAGAAAUAUUGUCGUAGUAGUUGAUGAAGAAAACUCGGAGGCUGUUUAUACGGAAAUGGAAGAUCAAUUGUCAGCUUUGGGUGAAAGAUGGGCACACAUUUGCCAAUGGAAAGAGGAGAGGCGUCAACGUCUUCAAACAAUUUCUUUUCUUUGGCAAAAUAUUAUCGAUGAUCAUAAGAAAUUAGUUGCUUGGUUAAACGAAACGGAAAUUACGCUUAAACAAAUGGAAGCAAAUCCGGCUAGCGAGAUCGGCGAAGUAUUAGAAAGAAUAAGAAAAUUGCAAAUAUUAAAAAUGGAAAUGGAUUUAAAUGGAAAGAAAGUGGUAUCCUUGCAAGAGUCCAUCCAAGAAUUGGAUAAUCAAAGAUCAUCUCCUGAUAGCAUUAAUAUGUUAGAAAAAAUCGAAAAUUUGCAAGAUCGUUGGGACGCUGUUGGACAAAUUAUGGAAGUUCAAAGCCAAAGGAUCACUAGUUCCGGUUUUGAAUUUGAUUUAAAAUCUGAAAGGGACACGACUGUAAUCAGUAAUAACGAAUGGAUGUCGGAAACGGUAACGAGUAUUGCAUAUAAAGAAGAAAUUGCAGCAACGUCGACGCCACAGAACGAUAUGAAAAAACGACGUUUAGAUAAUACGACCAAACACGAAUUUGAAUCGGCAUUACUUGGGCUUUACAAAUGGUUGGAUUACGUUGAUUUGGAAAUUGGCCGAUCGGAGGGUGUUUUUGAUGAAUUAAGUGUUGACGAAAAAAAAGUUGUCUACGAAGAUACUUUGGCAGAUAUUGAAUUGCACAAAAGCGAAUACGACAAAGUUCUCGAAUUGGGAAAAAGAUUAGUCGAGGAAUUAGAAAAUACGAAUGAGUCAAGUGAAGAUGCGAGAAAGAAAUUAGAAGAUAUUCAACAUUGUUGGUCGGCCACUAGUAAUCGUUUACAAGAAAUUAAAAAUCGUAUAACAUAUUUGGAAGAAAUCAAAAAAUUUCGUAACGAGUUGGAUAGCUUGAAUAUGAUGUUAGAUAGUUAUACCAAAUGGUUUGAGAUUAAUAAAGCUAAUAAUCAAAUAGAUAUUUUCAGGGUAAAAAUGAAAUCGAUGAAAUCACACGACGAACGUGUUAAAAGAUUAAUUGACAAAGUUAAAGAACUUUCCGAAAGUAAUCACUCGGUAGCCAGUGAAAAUAAUAAAUUAGAUGCCGAUACAAAUACAUUGUUUUCUAAUUGGGAAAAAAUGUUAAAAUUAUUAUCCGAUCGUUUAAACGAAAUAACAGAUAAAAUCGAAAAAAUUCCACCUAAGAAAUAUACUGAAUCUAUUACGAAUCUGAUGACAUUCGUUAAUAACGUCGAAAGUUUAUUAUUAUCCGAACAUACUAUAAUAUCUGAUAAAAAGAUUAUGGAAGAACAAGUUAAAAAAUUCCUAGAUCUUGCUAACACAUUGAAAGAAUAUCAAGAUAUGUUUGAUUACGUUAAUUCAACGGGUCACGAAUUAAUAACUAAAACUACAGACGAUACUCAAGCGCAAAAAUUGAGAAAUGAAUUACAAGAUCUUAAUACUAAAUGGAGUGACAUUCCAAUAAUAUUGGAAGAAAGACAACAAAACCUUUUAAGAGAUAUUAAAUUAUUAGAAACGUUUGACAAGGAACUUUUAACGUUGGAAAGUUGGCUUGAUAAAUCUAUGGGACAUAUAGCAGUAGAAAUGUCAAACAACACUGAUUUAAAUGAUAUCAAAAUGACGGAAUAUAAAUUAGAACAGAUGCGAGCAUUUUCUCGAGAAAUAGACGAAACUAAACCGAAAGUAGAGAUACUUCAAAUAUCAACAAAUAAAUUACUUGAAAUAUCCGAGCCUAACUUUGCCAGUGUAUUGAAUAACAAAGUUGAAGAUAUUUCGUGCAAAUGGAAUAUGGUCACGGACGACGUUAAAAGUUUGAUUGAUAAAUACGAAGCGGCUUUAAAGAAAAACGACGAGAUUGUGAACGGAAUAGACGAUUUUACUAAAUGGUUAUCGGAUUUGGAGAAAGAAAUACCAGCAGACAUUAAAAUAACGUCAUCGGUUGAACUAUUUCAAGUUCGCGGUCGAUAUCAGACUUUAAAGGAUAAGAUUGAUAAACGCGUUGAAGAAUUUAGGAAUUUAAACGAAAUGGGAAACGACAAACUUUUAAGUUCGGAAGGUUCAUCCGUUAAAGAAUUAGGAAGAAGAUUUACUUUCUUAAAUGCACGCUGGACCGAUGUCACGGAUCGGAUUUAUGAACGUUAUAGACAUUUACAAAAUGCUACACACGAGUACGGCGAAUUUCGUGCUUUGGUUGCUCAAGAGAAUGAUUGGUUGGAUAAAUUAGAAAAGAGAUUAAAAAAAUCAACGAAGUGUGCUGCCGACGCGGAAGAAAUUUCCGAGGAACUUGACGAUCUUGAAAAUUAUAUAAGAAAUCAUCCAGAGUCUAGGCAAGAAAAAAUUCAAGAAAUUGGUAAGCAACUGGUUGAUAGUAAUAUCAUGACGCAAUCCAUACAAACGGACGUAGAAGCUUUAACCAAUCGUUGGGAAAAUCUAAAUGGACAGGCAGGUCAACGAGCGAAGCUGUUGGAAGGAUCGGUGAAACAAGCGCAACAAUCGGAAGGCCGAAUUCUUGCUCUUCAGCACUCCUUAACGCAAGUAGAUUCUGUACUAACUGCACGUCUUGACUGCGAUCUCACUGCCGAUGAUUUGCCACAUGAUUAUCAGAAAUUGAUGCAAGAAAUGGAACAUCAAAGUGCCACGCUUAAAGAAAUGGCAGCACAAAUUGAGACGUAUAAAUCGUCUGGUAAAGAAGAAGCAGCUCACAGACUCGAAGAACAAAUGACUCUGAUCGAGCAAAAAUUUGUCGAAGUACAGAAAAAGUUUCAACGUUUUCGUUGUUCAACUAAUUUGGAACCUAGAUUAUCUCGUGCUUUGAGAGAACUUCGAGGUAUCGAAGAAGCAACGUGUUUGUUAGAAUUAUCAUCAGAAGAUCCGGAAGCUAUCGAAGGACAAUUAAAACAUUGCUUGAGAUUUUAUCAAACUUUAAGCGAAAUUAAAAGCGAAAUCGAGAACAUCAUAGUUGCUGGUAGAAAAUUAGUCGAAGAGAGGAGUGUCAGCGAGCCUGAAAAGUUUUCCAAAAAGAUAGAUACACUAAAAGAAUUAUAUAAUAAGCUUGGAUUACAAAUUACCGAAUCGAAAUCGAUAUUAGAAACGGCGUUAGAUUUAUCUCGUGAUAUAUAUAAAAGUUUGUCUUUUAUGAAUAUUUCGUUGGAUAGUAUUAACAAGGAAUUGGAUGCACAAAAGAAUAUGCUUGAUUUACCUGUUAAUGCGAUAUAUGUGCGGGAAACUUUGACGGAAGUACUGCCAAAAUUAAACGCGGUUAAAGAUAAAUUGUUAAAAUCACAAGAUGAAUUUUUAAAACUAUGCGACCCGUCUUAUCUCGAACAAUUGAAAGAAAAAUUAUCCGACGUUUUUGUUAAAUUAGCUAACACGGAAAGAAGGUUACGUCUUUGCAGUAAUUCUGAGGAGGAACCAAAUGUUGAUGAGAUAAAGGCAUGGUUGUUGCAAGUUGAAGAAAAAUUCAAUAGAUUAGACACGAUCCCGAUGGAACAAUUAACGGAACAUCACUUCGAACAAUGCAAGGCAAUACAAAGUGAAAUAAUAGAAGCAAAGCUUAAAGUUAGUCAACUUCAACGUUAUGCAUUUUAUCCGAAAAUAGCAGAAGUAUGUGAUAAGUGGGAAGAAAUUUCUAAUAAAAUCCAAAUAAAACUUGAACAUUCGCAACAGGUAUUGCCACAAAAAACUGAACAGAAAACUUACUCUGAGAAAAGAUCGUAUGGUCAUUUUUCAAAUUCGUCACGAGCUAAUAUAGAAAAGAAAAUUUUAGAAUUUGAAAGGUCGGCACAAUUGAUGUUAAAUAGAAUGGAUGUUAUAUUGAUGACUAUUACUAGCAUCAGUAACGAGAAGGAUCCUACCAAACGUCUUGAGACACUUAAGAGUGAAAUUAGUAUGCUUGCUCCCGAUGCUGCUGCAUUGAUUAGCAAAGGUGAUGGUUUAGUUAUGACAGUACACACCUUGGAUCCUGUACGUGCAGAAAAAAUAAAUAAUGAACUUCAAGAUAAAUUAAGAAACAAGUGGCAUCAAGUGAUGACCGAAACCGAAUCACGACGUAUCCAAGCUCAAAGAGCUGAGGAAGUAUUAAGACAAUACAACAGAAUACUUUUGGAAUUUGAAGAAUGGUUCAGAGACGUACCACAAAAAUUAGAAGAGGCCAACAAUUACGAGGGACAACUGGAAUCGUUUACUGUCGAAUUUGAUGCCAAACAAGAAUUAAUUCAUAAAUUUAAUGAGUUGAGCGUUGAAUUGAAGAGAUUGAACGUUGCAUUUUCGGAAACUACUCGUUAUAAUAUUAAUGCCAAGUGGCAAGAAAUUAGUUCGCAAUUUAAAAGAUACAGUGGUAGCAAGGAUAAGGAUAAACACGUGACUGAUAAGAAAAUGGAAUUGGAUGUUGGAGGGCCAAAUACGCAAAGUAUAAUAACGAGAGCAAAUAAAAUAAAGGAAGCAACAUUGACAGUGUCAAGAUCUUUAAAUUCUGCACCAUUGAAUGGCAAAGACUACGAGUUAUUUAAUAAUCAAGAAGAGUGUUUGAAAAAGAUAAACAACGCUAUAAAUAUACUUAAAACAAACUUGGACGAGUUGAGUUCAGCUUCGGAAAAUAUUGCACGUCAAUCGAAGAAGGAACAAGUAGAACAUAUUAAGUGUUUGAUCGAAAAAUUGCAUGCUGAUUGGAACAGCAUCAACGAACGUUAUAUCGAGAGAUAUAAUCGUUGGAAUAAAUGCUACGAAUUGUGGAACGAAUUUCAAAAUAUGUGUCGCGCAUUUUCCGACUGGUUGGAAAAAAGCGAGGACGCAUUAAAAAAAUUACUUUCCUUGCCUCAUUCGAAAGUAUCGAAAACGAAAAUGUAUGAACUCGAGCAAGAAGUUUCUCGCAUGCAAAGAACCAAGAAUAAUAUCAGUGCUUCCUAUGCUGACAUAUCGAGCCGUGCUUCUUCCGAAGAUGUUGCUGAGUUACAUAACACGAUGGAGAAUAUCAAACAUAAGUGGAAUCGUUUGUUGACUGAAAUCAAUGCAUACAAGGAAAGGAAUUUGGCAAUCGAGAAAAAAGUUUCAAGCGAGGGUAGAAUUACAAAGGCUACUUAUCACGUCAUUGAACAAGUUAAUUCGUUGCUAUUGUCUAUGGCUAAUCCAUCUGAUGAAACAUCACUUUCGAUUAGGUUGUCCUUGAUCAAGGCCAGAGAGGAAGAACUUAUUUCGAGGAAAAGAGAUACACAGGUACUUAUGAGUCAGCAAAGUAGUCAACGCGGGGAAGAUGUGUAUAACAAACUUAUAGCUGAUAUGGAUAAGGCAAAGUCUAAUCUUUCGAGUCAUCGUGAAUAUGUCGAAAGUAAACUAACUUCUUUAAAAAAAUAUAUCAAUUGUUUGGACACCGUAAUGACAUGGAUUAUGGAAGUCCGUACGAGAUUAAAUAUCGCACAGGAGUUACCUCAAAACGAGAGAACCGAUGUAAUUAAUAAUAUUAGGCUUAGCGUGGUGGAUCGAGAAAUGGAAGUAAAAGAUGUAUUGGAGAAUUAUACUAAUUUGGAAAAGGAAUGUGAAGCAGCAAAACAACCAAUAUCUAUCGAAUUACAAGAAAAAUUGAAGAAAUUGAGAGAAGAUUGGCAAUUUGUGAAGAACUUCAACGAAGGACCAAAUCGAGAAGUAGUGACCAUUGCAUCGGAUGCGGCUACUGUUGUACAACCGAAACAAGUGGAAAGGAGUGUACUAAGUGGUGGAGCACCGGGGUCGUCGGGUGGUACAGCUGUAGGGGGCCCUCAGGGUUUGGCAGGGUCUCCUGCACCCUCGCCUGCCCCCUCGACACCCACGACCCCUGCAGCUACUAGCCCUUCGGCUUCCACCUCCCCGGCCUCUUCAGUUUCAUCUUCACCUUCGCCCUCAUCCUCGCCAACCUCCGCCCUUAUUGCGGGAUUCGAUAAAUCGGUGCUUCAGAUACGUGAUUGGCUUAUCGUCGAGGAAGAGAUGCUACGACAGCAAGCAGUGGUUGUCGGCGAUGUCGACGAAAUCAUGCAGCUCAUCGACAAACAGAAAAACGUUUUGCGAGAGUUGGAGCAGAAAAAGCCGCAAUUGGACGAGCUCGUUCACACAGCAGAAAAUCUUCGUGCCGAUACAAACAGACAACAAUUACAUGGCAAAGUUACGAAGCUGCGGGAGCACUGGGACGAAACGAAUUCGAAGGUGAUGCAAAGGAAAACGCAGUUGGAUGCAAUGCUUGGUGAUAGUCAACGAUACGAGGCUAAGAGAAACGAGGUGGAGGUCUGGCUGGCGCGAAUGGAAACUCGACUGGAAAGAAUGCGGGCUGUCGGCCAUACGGCCGACGUUCUCGAGGCUCAACUUAGAGAACAAAAGUCCUUCCACGCGGAAUUGCAUCAGUACAAACAUCAGAUCGAGCUUUUCAAUCAGCUUACUCAAAAGUUGAUAGCAGUAUAUCAACAGGACGACACAACUCGCGUUAAGAAGAUGACGGAAACAAUUAAUCAACGAUACAACAAUUUAAAUACCAGCAUCAUCAAUCGAGGAAAACUACUGCAUUCAGCGAUGAACUCCCUCCACAACUUCGACCGGUCUUUAGACAAGUUCUUGGCCUGGCUGAGCGAAGCCGAGUCUUCGAUGGAAGGAUUGGAAGCGGAAGCUGAUCGGCUUGGUGGACGACGGGAUCAGGGUGCUCUCAGAAGACCGCAACAUCAGCUCAAGGACCUCCAGUCAGAAAUCGAAACCCAUCGGGACGUGUAUGCAUCGUUAAAUGGCACCGGGCGCAAGCUGUUGAGCUCUUUAGCGAGUCAGGAUGACGCGGUUAUGUUACAACGUCGAUUGGAUGAGAUGAAUCAAAGAUGGCAUCAUCUUAAAGCGAAGAGUAUGGCAAUAAGAAAUCGAUUGGAAAGUAACACGGAACAUUGGAACGCGUUGCUGUUAUCCUUACGCGAAUUAAUCGAAUGGGUUAUUAGAAAGGACACCGAACUUACAGGAUUGGGACCUGUUUGCGGUGACGUUGCUGCAUUACAGAAACAACAAGACGACCAUCGUGGAUUCAGAAGACAACUCGAGGACAAACGACCGGUUGUUGAAAACAAUUUGGUCAGCGGCCGACAAUAUAUCGCAAACGAGCCACCCCUAUCCGACACUUCUGAUUCCGAGGCCGGAAGAGAAUUGGAUGGGGAUUCGAGAGGUUACAGAAGUGCCGAGGAACAAGCACGAGAAUUGACGCGCAGCAUCCGUCGAGAAGUGAACAAACUUUCGGAGCAAUGGAACGCCUUGAUCGAACGUAGCGAUGCGUGGAAGCGGAAACUCGACGACACCGCAAACAAAAUAUGUGUCUUCCAAAAGUGUCUUGAGGAUCUCUCGUCCCGCAUGACAGCAGCCGAGGCAAUCCAAAGUGGUUGGCAAAAUCCAACCGACGCGAACGAGGCGUCGGAAAUGCUCGAACAAUUGCAAAAGUUCGGCGAACGAUUGGUACCAAUUCAAAGGAACAUCGAAGAUACGAACGAUCAAGCAAGUGUCUUCGCGUCUAGCAGCGUCAUCGUUUCUCAUGCCCUUUUGGCUAAAUUAGAAGAUCUCAAUAGCAGAUGGAAGGUGCUGCAAGUGGCGGUUGACGAGCGUUACAAGUUGCUAAGCGGAUUUGGAAAGGAUGGCAGCACUCCGGGUAGUCAGGCUUUCCUCGCGAGCAGCGUAGAAUUACCAUGGGAGAGAGCCCUUACGCCCGCCAAAGUGCCUUACUAUAUCAACCACCAACUAGAGACAACGCAUUGGGAUCAUCCGAAAAUGAUCGAAUUAAUGUCCUCCCUCGCGGAUUUGAACGAGGUUCGCUUUUCGGCUUAUAGAACAGCGAUGAAAUUGCGCACCGUGCAGAAACGAUUGUGCUUGGAUUUGUUGAGUCUAUCAACCGCGUUGGAACAAUUCGAUUCACACGGUCUCCGUGCACAGAACGAUAAACUGAUAGACAUUCCUGAUAUGGUGACCGUUUUGACGUCUCUCUAUGAGAUCAUAGCAGCGGACAAUCCAACUCAAGUAUCUGUACCACUGUGUAUCGAUCUGGCAAUCAAUUGGCUCCUUAAUGUAUACGACAGUCAACGUACCGGUCAAAUUCGUGUGCUUUCCUUCAAAGUUGGCCUGGUGCUACUUUGCAAGGGUCACCUGGAAGAAAAAUAUAGAUAUCUAUUUCGACUAAUAGCCGAUCCAAAUCGAUUGGUCGAUCAACGUAAAUUGGGAUUGCUAUUGCACGAUUGUAUACAAGUACCAAGACAAUUGGGUGAGGUGGCAGCUUUCGGUGGAUCCAAUAUCGAACCAAGCGUACGUAGUUGUUUCGAGAAAGCAGGAAAGGACAAGAACGAGAUCGAAGCUGUACACUUUCUUAGUUGGCUUCAACAAGAACCGCAAAGUAUGGUAUGGUUGCCUGUACUUCAUAGACUCUCUGCAGCCGAGAGUGCCAAGCAUCAAGCUAAAUGCAACAUCUGUAAAGAAUAUCCAAUCAUUGGUUUCAGAUAUCGAUGUUUAAAGUGCUUCAAUUUUGACAUGUGCCAGAAUUGCUUUUUCUCCGGUAGAAAAGCUAAGAAUCAUAAAUUAACUCAUCCUAUGCAGGAAUAUUGCACAGCUACAACAUCGGGCGAGGACGUGCGAGAUUUCACGAGAGCAUUGCGCAACAAAUUCAAAUCGAAACGAUACUUUAAAAAACAUCCAAGGGUUGGUUAUUUGCCGGUUCAAACAGUUUUAGAGGGUGAUGCAUUGGAGAGUCCAGCACCUUCACCGCAACAUAGCUCGCUCAGUCAAGAUAUGCAUUCACGUUUAGAAAUGUAUGCGUCUAGAUUAGCUGAAGUUGAAUUGUCACGUACACGAAGCAAUUCAACUCCGGAUAGCGACGAUGAACAUCAACUGAUAGCCCAUUAUUGUCAGAGUCUGAACGGUGGUGACAAUGUAAACGUCCCUAAAAGUCCGGUUCAAGUUAUGGCAGCUAUCGAUGCUGAACAAAGGGAAGAACUGGAAGCAAUGAUACAUAUACUCGAGGAAGAAAAUGCUAACUUGCAGGCUGAAUACGAAAGGUUACGUUCGAAACAGACACCAGGAUCAACUCCGGAAGAUGGUCAUGGCACGAGACAACCCGAUGCUGAUAUGAUCCACGAAGCUAAAAUGUUGAGGCAGCACAAAGGAAGAUUGGAAGCCCGUAUGCAAAUACUAGAAGAUCACAAUCGUCAGUUGGAAGCUCAAUUGCAGAGACUCAGGCAAUUAUUAGACGAGCCGAACGCUUCCUCACCGUCGAAAACAGGAACAUUACAAAUACGAAGUGUAACAGCGUCUCAGCUAGCUACCGAUUCCCCAGGGAAAAUAAAUGGCCAUUACCAUGACUCUCCAGGUGGUGGAGGCUCGAACGAGGGCAGAGUGGGCAGCUUAGAGAGACCACCACCCCCGCCGCAUUCUCACAGUAAUCUCUUGAACAUGGCAGGUGACCUUGGAAAAGCUGUCGGCGAAUUAGUAGCAGUGAUGACCAGCGAAGAUUCAUCCAAGGCAAAUGGUCAAAGUGCACAACCGCCGGCAUUCAAGGAACGGGACGGAUGAACGGGAAAACUCUUUAGUGCUACAACUUAUUUUCAUCAUCGGUAUCCAGGGAUAUCGAAUGAAAAUAAAAAAAAAUAUAAGGAAACGAAGACAUUAGUAUAAAAAAUAAAAAAAACAAAAAAAGAAAAAAAAAAUCGCUGAUACAUAUUAUCGGCUUUUCCAAUAUCAAGAAACAAAAAAAAACACAAACAUAAUCUUAUUCUACAUGAAUGAUCAAUAUCGUCAAACUUUUUUGGCUCUAAUAUGCAUAUCACAAAAGACGAGAGCAUAUGAUAUAUAAAUAUAUAUAUAUAUACACACAUAUAUAUAUUAUAUAUAUAUAAAUGAUAUAUCGCGCAAAUGAUGAACCAGGAGUGACUCGCCAUAGUGAUUUUUUGUAUUUUAUAAGUUUUUUGAUAUAUACCGCUGUAUAGCUGAAUUUUGUGAAUAAAGACUACCAUUAAUGGGUUCUUUGGCUUUGGCGAUGAUCUCCUGAUAAGAAUUAAAAAAGAAAAUAAAUAAAUCAUGUAAAACUUAAAAACUACACAUACAUAUUGAUACGUCAUAUCAUGAAAAACGAAAAAUUACAAAAAUUACAAAAAAAAAAAAAAGAAAAAAAGAGAGAAUUAAAACGAAAAUUCAAUCGUAACGAAGGGAAUAAGAAUAAGAACGAAAAAACAAACGAGCGAAUGAAUAUGGGGGAUGGGAAGGGAUGGGAAGGGAAAGGGUUGGGGGAAGAAUUGAAAAAAUAAAUCGUUAUAUGCUUACUAGCUGAACUUAUACACGAAAAAGAGAAAAAUAUUAUGAAUUAUGAUAAAAGUAACACACACACGCGAUUAUAAAUUAAAAAAGAAAAUAAAAAGGGGGAAAAAAAAAACAAGAUAAAUAAUUAUACACGCAGGAAAACGAGUAAACACAUCACACAUACGAAAAAUAUCAUUAAACAAUGCAUGCGAAAAAAAGUAAAAUAAAAUAAAGUAAAGUAAACGUAAAGUAAAAUAAACUAAAAUAAAAUAAAAUAAAAUAAAAUAAAAUAAAAAAUACCAAUGUAUCAAAUUGCAUAUUCUAUAAAUCGUAGGCUAUAUUAAAAAAUACAUACCCAUUCUGUUCACUGCCACGGGCUCUUCCUCGACAUCAUUGACAGAAAAGACAAAUAUACACGUUUUAAACGUCGUGAUUAUGUGGAGGGGAGAAAGAAUUAUGUUAGAAAGGAGUUAGGUACUUCAAUAUACCUAAUUGAUCGCGAUCUUGAAUUUGACGUCGUUGCGAUGGUCAUUUAUUAUGUACACACGAAAUACAUGCAUACAUAUAUGUAUACACGUAAACAAAAAGAAUUCACGCACAUAUACUCUACUUACAACAAAACACUUUAACAUAUACACAAGUUGAGAAAAUUUUCUAUUCGAUAAUUAAAAAAAAAAAAAAGGAAAAGAAAAAGGUACAGAAAGAGAGAGAAGGAGAGCAGGGAUUUAAAAAAAAGAAUAGAGAGAGAGAGAGUGAGAGAGAGAGACAGAGACACGUGCUGCAUUGUGACUUUUGGAAUUAAUUUGUCGACAUCCAAUUUGAUCCAUCAGUUUUCCUAUUUUUUAAAAACGAACACCGAUAGCAAUGUCUCUUAUUUAAGCACGCCGAAUGUUACAUAUAUAUUUAAGAGUAUAUUGAUAAGUAUCUAAUUUACAAACUGACAUCAUCUCGUAGAAUCGUAUUCUGAUAUGUAAUAAAAAGUUGUCUAGAAAAUAAAUCUGUCGUGUUUUCGAAAUAUAGCCAAAUAUAAGUA